AUGGAUUUGUCUCAUCGCUCACCCCAUCUAAGUGAUUCCAUAAACAAGAUGUAUUCUACGUUUCGCAUUCCCCGACUCCACUCGAUUCCUCGUAUACAUACCGAAAGUCUCGUUGUUUUCCUCGCAUUUCGCAAAAGUUUCUUAACGCUCUCCGAUUGUGACCGCGCUCGCUAUGGCAAGAAGAGUACUCGAGACGCUUUCUUGAAUUCGUUCGCUCCUCUUUACAUUGAACAACAUCUACAUGGAAUUUCAUUCAAACGCAUGUGUGAUUUAGUUCAAGACAUAUGGAAUGCCAAACACUUUCUCCCUGGAUCUGACUUGAACAAGCUUCUCGAUGGCGCUUCCUUUGAGCGACAGCAAGAUGCUGCUUUUCGAAGACUUAUCAAUGUCCCACUAAUAGGAGAGGCAUUAGAAACUAAUACCUGGAUUUCGAACCAUCAGUUAAAUUAUAAACCACGUCUCACCCCAUCUUGCAGGAUUAGAAAAUUGCUUUCAACACGUCCACAUCUUUUGCCACGCGAGCAACCUGCUGGUCUCAACUUUGAUCAGGGUUACGAGAUUGAAGAGCAACCAGUAUCUGGUCCUUUCAAACCUUUCCUUGGUCCUUACGAAGGUGAUUAUGAGUGCAGCACAGCUCUUCCCUUCACUCUCCAACAUCCUAUCCUCACGGCAAUCCAAGAUCUCAUCGAAGAAUCUCUCUACAGCUUCGCAUGUCAAUACUUUCAACCCUACCUAGCUUUGAACUUCAAAACUUGCCCUAAGUCUAUUGAGCUAAGCACCUGGAAAACACAUCUACACAUGAACGCACCUAAUAUCCGUUUCAAUCUUACCUCUGGUUAUGUUCUUGAAGACUUGCAUUUCUUUUUGGAUCGCUUGAAUACCGUGAGAGACUUAGUUAUGCAUCGGAAAGAUGCGGUUCCUAUUGAAGCAAUCAAUAGCAUGUGCGCAGAUAGCAUUUGCUUGGCAAGAGCUUUAGGAGACCCACGAGCAGUUUUGCUAGGCUUGAUACAGGAAAGGGUGCUCAUGAUUUCAGAAACAUUGCUACGAGUCCAAACACUACCUCAACAUACUGCCUUCCUUGGACUUGAGAACGAUCUGAACAUGAAAUCCAACCUUCAAUUCUUCGUCAAGGCCAUAUCUGCUUCGCGCAUUCUGUUAUCCUCCUCUGAAGCAUGGACACUUUACUCGGAGAGAUACCAAGAAAUUGUAAAUAUGCUACGUCACUUAGUAUAUUAUAAUGAAGAGAAACGUAGACCUGCGCCGCCCGCCCGUUUCUAUUAUGGAUACUAA